AUUCUUCUUUUAGGAUCUGUGCUGCUACGAUUAUUCUGGGUACCCUAUUGUUUAUUGUUUACAGAAAACUCAGAUCCACAAAUCGAAACAGUGGCUUCAUCUCCCAAUUUCUCGACUCCAUCAAGCGAUUUGGAAGCAGUGUCUAAUGGAUCACCACUACAGCACGCCGUCUACAUCUACUGCGCAGAGACGUUACGGAACACCUUCGCCAGCCACCUCUCCGUGGAUUUCCGCCGCAAACGCAUUGCUGCAUUUGUGAACUGCGAUGAUGAUGAUGUGACAGAGGGAGCUUCUGUGGUUUUUGUUUUUUCCAAGAACGACUCGUGCUUUGACAAGCUCGUGACGGUUCUUCAGUGCCGGAGGAAAACAGGCCUCCUGGUGGUUCCGGUGUUCUAUGGUGUAAGUCCAUCAGAGGUAGUGGUGCCGGAGCACGAUUCUGGUGAUCGGAUAAGAGAAUGGAGUCGCGCUCUCCGCGAACUGAGAGAAUUACCAAGCCACCAGUCUAGUGAGGAGUGUGGUGAGUGCCAAGUCGUGGAAGACAUUGUCAACGCUGUGUAUGAAAAACUAUUUCCCACGGAACAGAUUGGAACCAACUCGAGGCUGGUGGAGAUAGAACGGUUGCUUUGUAAGCAACCUUGGGGUAUCCGCCGCUUAGGGAUCUGGGGUAUGCCCGGCAUAGGCAAGACCACUCUCGCUAAAGCAGUUUUUCACCAGAUAUCUGGAGGCUAUGAAGCUUCUUGUUUCAUCAAACACUUUGACAGAGCUUUCCAUGAGAAGGGACUUCACUGUCUGUUGGAGGAGCAUUUUGGGAAAAUCCUCAAGGAACUUCCUCGUGUAUGCAGUAGCAUUACGAGGCCUAGUCUCCCUGGGGACAAGAUAAGCAAGAAGAGAACUCUUGUUGUUCUUGAUGACGUGCAAGAUCCUUUAGGUGCCCUGUCUUUUCUCGGAAGGUUUCAUUGGUUUGGCCCGGGCAGCCUAAUCAUCAUAACCUCCAGAGAUAAACAAGUGUUCCGCCUUUGUCAGAUGAAUCACGUGUACGAGGUUCAGGGAUUGAGUGAGAACGAGGCUCUUCAGCUUUUCUCUCAGUGUGCAUUUGGGAAAAGUAUAAGAGAACAAAAUCUUCUGGAGCUGUCAAUGGAAGUGAUUGACUAUGCUAAUGGAAAUCCGUUUGCUCUAAGCUUUUACGGCAGAGAGCUCAAGGGUAAGAAAGUAUCAGAAAUGGAGACGACUUUCCUCAAACUCAAGCUUCCUACUCCAUAUAAGAUUCAUGAUUUAUUCAACAGCAGCUACAAAACUCUCAAUGACAACGAGAAGAACAUUUUUCUGGACAUUGCUUGUUUCUUCGUGGGAGAAGAUGUUGACUAUGUGAUGCCACUUCUUGAGGGAUGUGGUUUCUUUCCACAUGUUGGGAUUGAUAUUCUUGUGGAGAAAUGUCUUGUAACUAUUUCAGAAAAGAGAGUGCUAAUGCAUAGAAUAAUCCAAGACUUUGGCAGAGAAAUAAUCAACGGAGAAUCAGAACAGAUGGAGAGGCGUAGCAGACUGUGGGAACCUUGGACCAUAAAAUUUCUACUUGAAGCAAAUGGACAUCCCAGAGCAACCUGUAAACGUGUUUUGGGCACUGAAGACAUCGAAGGCAUCUUUCUGGACACAUCGAACUUACUCUUUGAUGUGAAGCACACUGCUUUCGAUAAUAUGCUUAACCUUAGAUUCCUGAAGAUUUACUGUUCCAGUCACGAAAAUCAACAUAGACUCGGCCUUCCGAGAGGACUUGAGUCUCUGCCUUAUGAGCUAAGACUUCUCCACUGGGAGAACUAUCCUUUGGAAUACUUGCCACAAGACUAUGAACCAUGCCACCUAGUUGAACUCAAUAUGUCUUACAGUCAUCUUCAGAAACUUUGGGGAGGAACCAAGAACCUCGAGAUGUUGAAGGUUUGUAGGCUUUGUCAUUCCCAACAGCUGACUGAGAUUGACGAUCUUUGUAAAGCUCGAAAUAUCGAGAUAAUUGAUCUCCAAGGUUGUACAAAAUUGCAUAGAUUUCCACCCACGGGUCAAUUACAGCAUCUCCGAGUUGUAGAUCUUUCAGGUUGCACAGAGAUCAGAAGUUUCCCAGAUGUUUCACCUAACAUUGAGGAACUACAUCUACAGGGAACUGGCAUAAGAGAAUUACCAAUAUCCCUUGUGGCCCAUGUCGUCUCAUCAAAUCAGAAUCUUGACAAACUUGUUUUGCUAAAUAUGAAAGAUUGUUCUAAUUUGCAAAGUCUGCCUCAACUGGUUGAUUUAGAAUCGCUUGAAGUUCUUGAUCUCUCUGGAUGCUCGGAGCUCAAGAGUAUACAGGGAUUCCCACGAAACCUGAAAAGGUUAUAUAUUGUUGGCACUGCUGUUAAAGAACUUCCACCGCUUCCCUGGAGUAUAGAACUCUUGAAUGCACAUGGUUGUGUGUCUCUUAUAUCAAUUCCUUUUGGAUUUGAGAAACUUCCUAGGUAUUACACAUUCAGUAACUGCGUUGCUCUUUCUGCACAAGUGGUCAGCGAAUUUGUAGUUAAUUCUCUGACUAAUGUAGAGCGCAUGGCGAGAGAGUAUCAGCCGGAACUCAACAAAUCUCUGGCUUUCAGCCUCACCGUGCCUUCGGCUUCAAGUAAACAGUUCACAUGUGAUCUGCAACCAGGGUCUUCUGUGAUGAUACAACUGGGUUCUUGGCGCAGCACGCUCGGCUUUGCUAUUAUAGUCGAACUUUCAUUUUCGGAAGAUUACCACGAGGCUAGUGAUUUUGGCAUUAGUUGUGUCUGCAGAUGGAAAGACAAGGGAUUCAUCUCUCAUAGGCUGGAAAAAAGCUUUCCUAUUUGGACUCCAGGGGAAGGUGUUCCAAGAGAUCACGUGUUUGUCUUCUGUGAUCUCAAUAUGCAUCCGAGUAACUGUGAAGGAAAUGAUCCCUAUAUAUUGGCUGAUCUUGUGGUAUUUGAAUUCUUUGCGGUGAACAAGGAGAAAAAGCCUCUAAAUGAGAGUUGUACAGUGACGAAAUGUGGAGUCCGUGUGAUUACUGAUGCAAAUGGAGGUGCAAGUUGUAACAUGAGUCAACCAUUUCCAUCCUUGGGUUACCUGCAAGAGAGUUUUGAUAGUGAGAUGGAAGAAGUAUUGAGGGUCAUCUUUGAUAUCUUAGACAAGAAUGAUAGAAAUUUGGUUCUUUACAUUGCAUGUCUGUUCAAUGACGAGAAAGCUGAUUUCCUGACACCGAUUAUAGCUAGCAUUGACCUGGGGAUUAGUUCUAGGCUCGAGUUCUUAGCCAAUCAGUCUCUCAUACAUAUAUCUCCAUAUGGUAUUGUAGUGCGACAUGGUUUACUUGAGAAAAUAGGUAGGGAGAUUGUAGUGCUCUCAAAGAACUAUGCGUCUUCGAGUAGGUGCUUGGAUGAGCUGGUAGAGAUUAUGAAUUGCAAUAGAGAGUUUCAGAAAGUAGUGACUAUUUUCGACAAUGUGGUUCCUUCUGACGUUGGAAGGUUGGCCGACUUAGCAAACAUAGACGGAGUGAAUUCUCGCAAGUGGGAUAAUGAAGCAAAGAUGUUGGAUAAAACUGGAUGUGACGUUCUGGAGGAGAUAAAUCAUACAACGUCAAAUGAUUCUGGCGAUGUGAUUGGAGUUCAAGAUCAUGUUACAGACAUGGGUUAUUGGUCGGGUUCGGAAUCUGAGGAAGUGAAGAAAACAGUUGGGAUCUCAAUUUCCUUGGAAAAAGGGGAAAAGAUAAAUGCAAGUAUGGUUGCAAUGCCGGUGGAGCCACCAAUGAUAAGAUCCGAAGCACGGAGUCCUACUUUUCGAGAUCGAAUCCCCUUUGCUGAGCUUUAUACUGGAGAAAUCCCAGCUGCAUUUUUACAAGGGCUGCACAAUAUCCGCUCUGUGCUCCAAUCUCAAAAGUCCAUACGACUAUAAGCGAGCUAAGCCAAACCAAAAUGUUCCCUCGGCUCCGUACCUUUUUUUAGUAUACAUGUAACAUAUAGAUCAUAGAUACAGAUAUAUAUGAACUGUAUAUACAUGAAAGUAGAUCAUUUGUAUCUACCAAAUAAUCAUAAGACUGUUAAGACUUUACAAACAAAGAUAAUAAAACUAUCUGAGUACCAUAA